AUGAACGCGACCCAAAAGCUCGCCACAUGGGCGCUGGCCCUUCAAUAUGCGAACUUGACAGACCCGGUCAAGGAUGCCGCAGUCAAGAGCAUCUACAACUGGGCUGGCUGCGCGAUCGGCGGCUACCAUCAACCAGCGCCCUCAAUCGCCUUAGAGACGUCGUCCAUCUGGAACACGAAUAGUAGUGGCUCUUCGAGUAUUCUAGCUUCGAACGACUCCAUUCUCGUCGAUCCGUACACCGCAGCUCUGGUCAACGGCAUUGCUUCCCAUGUCGAUGAUUACGAUGAUACACAUCUGGAAACGGUCAUCCAUCCAGCUGGACCGAUUGCUUCGGCACUACUAGCCAUAAGUGAGUGGCAAGGUCCCAUUACCGGCACAGACUUCCUUACCGCUUUUGUCGCCGGCGUCGAGGCCGAAUGCAAGCUCGGAAUUUCCGUCUCGCCUGAGCACUAUGCGAUUGGCUGGCAUAUCACCAGCACAACCGGCUCGAUCGGCGCCGCCGUUGCCGUUGGUAAGCUCCUAAACCUGGAUGAAUCUCAGAUGCGCCAGGCCAUCGGUAUCGCAUCGACGCAAGUGAUUGGCAUGCAAGAGUUCUUCGGGUCCGACACCAAGUCAUUCCACAUUGGCCGCGCUGCGCAAAGCGGCAUGCUCGCUGCCCUGCUGGUAUCCAACGGCUUCACCAGCUCCGAAGGCGCCCUAGAAGCCAAGUACGGCUGGACACACGUGGCCAGCACCCGCGAAAACACCACCGACGUCUUCGACUCCCUCGGGGAGACGUGGGAAAUCUCGAAAAACACCUUCAAGCCCUUUCCCUGCGGCAUCGUCAUCCACCCCACCAUCGACGCCUGCAUCCGCCUCCGUCAAGACGCCCUGGACCAAAACCUCUCCAUCGCCGACAUCUCCGCCGUCGACGCCCGCGUCAACCCCUACGUCCUGACCCUAACGGGCAAGCGCGACCCCCAAACAGGCCUCGAAGCCAAAUUCUCCGUCUACCACGCCGCCGCCGUCGGCCUGCUCUACGGGCGCGCCACGCCCAGCGAGUUCACGGACGAGGUCGUGCACAACGACACCGUCAUGGCCCUGCGCGACAAGGUCGGCACCACGGUCGACGACACCGUGCCGCGCGACCAGGUCUACCUGUCCGCCCGCUUCGCCGACGGCACCAACCUGACGAGGUACGUCAACGACACGCUCGGCAGCCUGACGAACCCCAUGACGGUGGAGCAGCUGAGGGACAAGUUCUUGCAGCAGGCUGCCAUCGUGGUCGGGGCGGAGCGCGCGCAGCGUGCGUACGACGCGUUUCGAGGGAUCGAGGGUAGCAGUGAUGUGGCGGGCUUGAGGCUUGAGUUCGCGGCUGGGAACGAGAGUGAGAGUGGAGCUGGAGGGGACGGGGGAGGAGCGCAGCCGGCGACGGAGGGGAGCGGUGGGUCGACGAUGCUUCUAGCGACGCCGUUGGUCUGGUCUACGCUGGCUGUCAUGCUCGUCAGUGCGUUUCUGUCGACGUAA